AUGCUUACAUUCAUUAACUUUCCUGCUCGUCAAUCUUUAUAUAAUAAUGUCAAUAAAUUAUUAAAUUUCAAACAACAAAAAUUUAAUACUAUUGCCCGAGGAAUUCAAUCAAUUGCUUUGCGAAGAGAAGAUAAGAGUCAUUGGGAACGACGAGUGGCUUUGACACCUGAAGCAGUUUCAAGCCUGAUAAAAGAAACUGGUGUCAAAAUAUUUGUUCAACCAUGUAACAAACGAAUCUUCAACAAUGAUAAAUAUGCAAAGGCUGGAGCAAUUAUUCAAGAUGAUAUUUCAAAAGCUGAUGUUAUAUUUGGUAUUAAAGAAGUUCCGACGAAAAAUUUGAUACCAAAUAAAACUUAUGUCUUCUUUUCUCACACUCAUAAGGGACAAUUGUAUAACAUGCCUAUGUUACAAGAUGUACUUAAUAAGCAUAUUGGCAUGUCUUACACAUAUAAUACACUCGAAUCGGCCAAAUCUUCCGUUAAAGAGGUAGGUAAUAUGAUAGUUAAUGAAGGUCUCCCCAAAGAUUUAGGACCUAUGAUUUUCGCGUUCACCGGUGCCGGACAUGUUUCCAAAGGUGCACAAGAAAUCUUAAAAUGUUUACCCCACGAAUAUAUAGAUGUAAAAGAUUUACCAGAAUGCACAUUAGCAAGUCAUAAAUUCUCCAAUAAUAAAGUAUACGGUUGUCAAAUUUCUUUGCAUGACUAUUUAAUACGCAAAGAUACCGGAAAAUUUGAUUCGAAACAAAAUUAUUAUGAUCAUCCCGAACAAUAUAUAUCACAGUUCCAUACCAAGAUCGCACCAUACACCACUAUGCUUGGUGCUUUGGAAUUCCUCUCACAUUCAACAACGAUUGACGAUCCAUUUUAUUAUGUCGACGCAAUCAACAAUAAGGAACAUAAAAAGGACAUUGGAAAAGGAACACAAAUAAUGGCAGUUGAUAUAUUACCUACUGAAAUUCCUCUUGAAAGCAGCAAACAUUUCAGCAAAUCUCUUUAUCCAUUUAUGAAUGAUUUUAUAAACGGAACCAUAGACGAUAAUCCAGUACUCGCACGUGCCACAAUAGCUAAAGACGGAAAACUUAUUGAUUCUCAUUCCAAGUUAUAUGACCUAUUAUCAUCAAAGAAUACAUCAAUGGAUAUUACAAAUGAUGUUAUUAGAAAAGAGAAAACGAAAAUUUUAUUACUUGGAAGUGCUAAACCAUUGGUGAAUUAUUUGAAUCGACAAAAAGGAUUUAAAUUAACUGUUAGUAAUUCUGUUAUGGCAUUAAAAACCAAAACUCCUCCAAGAUUUACAGAAAAUUAG